UGUGUUUAAGUAUUUUGGCGCGCUUCCGUACCGCUGUCUUCGAUCACUCGGCUCGUGCUGAUCAUGACGGAUAUCAAACGUGUUGUGCGACACAAGCGAGCAUCCGCCAAACGACAGUUUAGACAUCGGAAGUUUGUUAGCAAAAUAAAUGAGAUACGCAAGAAGAGCGGACAAAACCUUUUACCUGAGUUAAGAACUCCUAAGUCGAAAGAGGAAGCUGAGAAGCCGAAAACACGAUUUCCGUGCAGCUAUGUGACACAACAGGGGAAGAAGAAACUACGUCUUCGAAAGACCAAAUGCUUCUCUCAACACGUGCGAAGGGUCCGCUCCAGUAUUCAACCGGGUGCCGUACUGAUUCUGUUGGCUGGCCCACACAAGGGUAAACGCGUAGUUUUCUUGAAGACCCUCAAGAGUGGUUUACUGCUUGUCACAGGCCCCUUCAAAUAUAAUGGUGUUCCACUUCGUAGAGUGAAUCAGCGCUACGUCAUAGCCACCUCUACACGAGUUGACCUAUCAAAAGUUGAAAUACCUGAGCACAUUGAUGAUGAGUACUUCCGGCGUAUUGAUCUCAAGGAGCGAAAGACAGACGCUGAGAAUUGUUCACAACUGAAACGAAGAAGUAUGUUGUCAGUGACACAAGAAAGGAGGACCAGAAAAUGGUUGACAAACAAGUUCGUGAAUCAAUGAAAAGCCACCCAGAUUCAAAAAUGCUUCAUGCCUACAUGCGCUCACUUUUCUCCUUAGGUAAAAGGGAUUAUCCACACAAAAUGGUAUUUUGAUGUGAAUUAGUAAUACACGUUUGAUGG